CGCCAUCUAGACUAUCACCACGUCACUUUCGAGGACGAAAUAAUGUGCAACAUGGAUUGAUAUUGUCAAUAAGCAUGUGUGUCCUAUUGACAGUCACUGCGCAGACUGGAUAGGCAAAUAUGACAGCAAUGGUCCUAUAAGAUGUCGCCAACAUAACCGCUGUCAGUUCGAAGAUAUUAUUCAACGAAAUUAUCAAAGUGAACCAGUCAGCCAUUUUUGUUUGAUCAACCAAUUAUUUCUUGUUGAUCAUUUCUGAUAGCGACAUCUCAACUGUGAUCGUCUCAGCAAGUCACACAGUUGACCUGCAGGAUGAGUCCACCAAAUGGCAUCUACAUUAUCCAGGGGGAGAUCUCCCUGGUUGUCACGGCAAUGAGGAGGACAUCUCGAUGGGCAACACAUACACAUCAUCAGGAUGAAGACAAUGAUCCUCUGUUUGGCAGCUUCUCACAGCUUAAGGAUGUUCUCAACAACAUUGCAGAUUUAGAUGAGCUUGAGCCCAAUGUUUUCCUGAGCCCAUUUCUUGAGGUUAUUCGAUCUGAGGAUACAACUGGGCCCAUUACAGGACUUGCUCUCACCUCCGUCAACAAAUUUCUCUCCUAUGGCUUGGUUGUUCCAACUCGAGAGUCUGCCUCAGCUGCCAUUGAGAAUAUAGCUGAUGCUGUUACCCAUGCCAGAUUUGUCGGCACCGACCCUUCAUCAGAUGAAGUUGUCCUCAUGAGGAUAUUAUAUGUGUUGAGGACUCUGCUGCUGUGUCCGGCUGGUGUCCUACUCACUAACGAGUCUGUGUGCGAGAUCAUGCAGUCUUGUUUCCGGAUCUGCUUCGAGAUGAGACUCAGUGAACUGUUACGGAAGUCAGCCGAGCACACCCUGAUGGAUAUGGUUCAACUCUUGUUUACAAGGCUGCCACAGUUCAAAGAAGAUCCUAAGUGGAGUGCAAACAUGAAGAAGUUGAAGAUGAGAGCUGGUGGGGUAGACCCAACACGCAUGUCGAAACGGAAACGGUCUCCAAAACCUCGGCCCAAACGAUCUCACACCAAUACACAGCAACCCACAGACAGCCCCCAGGGUCAUGCCUCUAUAGCAGAGGGGGUGGAGGAGCCCCUGGAACAGCCUGAGAUUAUGGACACCUCGUCCUUUGAACAUAUUACUUCAGACAGAAUCAUUGCCACAACACCUGUAGCACCCAAUGGAGACAGGGUCAUUGAUAUAACGAGGAGUUUUGAGGCUGCUUCAAAGGCUGAGGAGGCCCAGCUACAUGCUGCUGAGGGAUGCCAGGCAACAGUUGUAGAACCCACAGAACAACUCCCAGCAGACCAGUCUGCAGGGGAACCCCCGUCAGACGAGGCGCUGGAAGACAAGGCACCGGAGGACAAGGCAUACAGGGUCCCAGCAGUAACACUUACAUUGCCAGAAGAUAGUUACCAACUCAAGAAAUCAGCGAGUGACUCUGAGCUGAACUCUGAAGGCGGGGAUGACACUGAGUCUAUAAACUCCACAGCAGACUCUGUGGACACAUCCUCGGUCCAAGACAGUGAGUUCAUCAACCCUCGAGGCGUGCGCUUCACUCAGCAUCACUAUGUGAAGGAAGGUUCUGGCCCUCUCAUUCCCUAUGGUCUGCCCUGUGUGAGAGAACUGUUCCGCUUCCUGGUGUCUCUCACCAACCCCAUCGACCGCCACAACACUGACGUCAUGAUCCACAUGGGCCUCAGUCUGGCCACUGUAGCACUGGAGGCUGGUGCAGACCACAUCAGUUCAUUCAACUCUCUGUUGUAUCUCGUCAAGGAUGAGAUGUGCAGGAACCUCUUCAUGCUUCUACAGGCUGAGAGGCUGUCCCUGUUUGCUGCAUCUCUGCGAGUCUGUUUCCUGCUGUUUGAGUCCAUGCGCUCACACCUCAAGUUCCAGCUGGAGAUGUUCUUGACAAAACUCAGUGAAAUUAUAGUGUCCGAGUCCCCCAAAUUGUCCUACGAAGUUCGAGAGAUUGCCCUGGAGUCUGUGGUGCAGCUGUGGAGGAUCCCUGGCCUCGUCACAGAACUCUAUCUCAACUAUGACUGUGACCUGUACUGCUCCAACCUCUUUGAGGAACUCACAAAGCUUCUUUCAAAGAAUGCAUUUCCAGUGUCAGGGCUGUUCACCACACACCUUCUGUCCCUGGAUGCCCUGCUGACCGUGGUGGACAGCAUUGAGCAGCACUGUCACAGUCGCAUCCUCACCUCCACCAAGACAGCCAGCAGCAGCGUCGACACUGACCCCAGACAGCAAGACAUGGCAGCUAGCCAGGCAGAUGGCAGUGACCAGUCUUCUGGUUCAGUGGAGGCUGAUGUGGGCGGGGAGAGCAAGCUUGUUGGACCCCCCACAACGGGGUAUGGCAUGGCACAGCACAUCAUGAAGGGAAGUCUCGCAGGUGCUGAUGCCUCGAAGUCUUCAAAGACAAAGGAACCCAAGCGAGGACCACAUAUCAAACCUAACAGGAUGAAGAUAACAUCGAAAAUACCUUCACUUGAAGAACUGGCUGCUAUCAAGCACAAGAAAAAGUUGUACCAGACUGGGACUGAGCUGUUCAACAUGAAGCCAACCAAAGGCAUCACGUUCCUCCAGGAGCAAGGUCUUCUGGACUCCCCACUUGACACAGGACAGGUUGUCAUGCUGCUCAAGGAAAACCCAAAGAUGGACAAGAAGAUGAUUGGAGAAUAUGUCAGCAAUAAGAAAAAUAACAAAGUGCUUGAAGCAUUUGUCAAGUCCUUUAACUUUGAAGAUAUCAGAAUUGACGAGGCACUGAGGAUGUACCUAGAAGCAUUCCGUCUGCCUGGAGAAGCUCCAGUCAUCUCCUACUUGAUGGAGCACUUUGCAGACCACUGGCAUAAAACCAAUGGUGAGCCAUUUGUCAACAACGAUGCAGCCUUUACCCUGGCCUACGCUGUGAUAAUGCUGAAUGUGGACCAGCACAACCAUAAUGUCAAGAAGCAGAAUAUACCCAUGACAGUAGAUCAAUUUAAGAAGAAUGUGUCCAAAACAAAUGGGGGGCUUGAUUUUGAAUCUGACAUGCUGUGUGAAAUAUAUUCAGCCAUCAAGUCUGAUGAGAUUGUUAUGCCUGCAGAACACACUGGUCUAGUCAAGGAGAAUUACAUGUGGAAGGUUUUACUGCGCCGAGGCUCAACCAAAGAAGGAGUGUUCCGCCAUUCCCCGACUGGAGCUUUCGACCACGAGUUGUUUUCUCUCAUUUGGGGCCCCACUGUUGCUGCUCUGUCAUUUGUCUUUGAUAAGAGCACUGACGAGUCUAUCAUACAGAAAUCAAUAUCAGGUUUCAGGAAAUGUGCAAUGAUUUCAGCUCACUAUGGCAUGAGUGAUGUGUUUGACAACCUUGUGAUAUCCCUGUGCAAAUUCACUACACUACUCAGCUCAAUUGAGGCCCCGGAAAACAUUCCUGUUACAUUUGGUGUCAACUUCAAGGCCCAGCUGGCAGGCCGUACUGUGUUUGGGCUGGCACACAGACAUGGGGAUAUACUGAGGGAAGGCUGGAAGAACAUCCUGGACUGUAUGCUGCAACUGUUCAGAGCCAAACUUCUACCAAAAGCCAUGAUAGAGGUUGAAGACUUUGCAGAUUCAAGUGGAAAAAUUUCCAUUGUAAGAGAAGACAAUACAGCUAACCAAAGAUCCGAUUCCGGAGUGUUGAGCAGCUUCUACUCCUACUUCUCCCUGUCCGAGUCAUCCAAUCAAAAAGGACCAUCACUGGAAGACCAGGAGUCCAUCAAACAAGCUCAGAGCUGCAUCCGGGACUGUCAUCUUGACCAGCUUAUUAUAGACAGCAAGUUCCUCCGAGAAGACUCACUUCAAGAACUGGUCAAGGCGCUGAUCGUGGCGUGCCAAGGCUCCGAGGACGGGUCUACCAUGGGGCUCCAGUAUGAUGAAGAUGCAGCAGUCUUCUUCCUGGAGCUGCUCAUCAAGGUGGUGCUGCAGAACAGAGAUCGAGUGUCCCCCAUCUGGCAGGCUGUGAGGGACUUUCUCUACAAUGUGAUUGUCAAUGCUAAUGAGCACACAUUCUUAAACGAGCGUGCUGUAGUUGGACUGCUUCGAUUGGCUGUGAGAUUAUUACGUAGGGAGGAAAUUGCUUCUCAGGUGCUCACGUCGCUCAGGAUAUUAAUGAUGAUGAAACCCAAUGUGAUACACAGUAUAAGUCGCCAGGUGGCGUUCGGACUGCAUGAAUUGUUGAGGACUAACGCAGCAAAUAUUCACUCGAGCCAGGACUGGUAUACCCUGUUCAUGUCGUUGGAGAUAGUUGGGGCGGGAGCUAAUCCUCCGCCUGUCAUGCAAGUGUGUUCUGGUGUGGAUGUAGGGGAGGCCAUACAUGAUGCAGGUGCCCAGAGUGACAGUGAACUUGUCAGUGAAAACUGCAUGGCGGAACUGAGUGACAGGGGGUACACAUCUGACAGCGAGCUGUAUGAGAGUCAGAGUAAACACCAUCACCAUCAGCGGGGGCAGGCAGAACUACAGCUCAGACCAAUACCAGACAAUGGCAGCUGGCUGCUGGUGAACAAAGAGGAGACCAGCAACCCUCAGCCUCCACAACGCAAGAAGUCCAACCCCAUCAACCAGUUCAGCAUUGACUUGAAUGAAGAACUCCAUUACUGUGAUAGCAAAGCCCUUCUCAAGUCGUCGGAAACCCUCUCGUUCCUGGUUCGCGAUGCUGCUCAUGUCACUCCUCAUAACUUCGAAAGCUGUGUUCAUGCCAUCCGCACGUUUGUUGAAGCUAGUGUUAAUGGAGGCCAUCUUAAGUCAUUACCUCAAAACAAAGAAAGAAGAUCACAUAGGAUUCCCCGAUCAAAGAGAAACAGCAACAAGUCGAUGAAGAAGUCCCAGUCCUCUCCCAGUGAGUUAUCUCACAUGACCAAUUCAGGUGAUGAGGCUGAAGGCGAGGGAAUGACCGUUGGCCUGCACUCACUGUCAAUCCAGCUGCUGGACCUCAUGCACACGUUACACACACGGGCAGCGACCAUCUUCAGCUCCUGGGCGGAGGAGGAAGAGAAAGAGGAAGCAGCUGUGAAGAUUGAUGCAGGGACCAGCACACUAUGGGGCAAGUGCUGGUGUCCCCUCCUGCAAGGUAUAGCUCGCUUGUGUUGUGACGGCCGACGACAAGUGCGGAGCCAGGCACUGACAUACCUACAGAGGGCGCUGCUGGUACACGACCUGCAGACUCUUUCAGCCGUGGAGUGGGAGGCAUGCUUCAACAAGGUGCUGUUCCCGCUUCUGACGAAGCUGCUUGAGAACAUCAACCCACAGGACCCGGCCGGCAUGGAGGAAACACGCAUGAGAGCCUCAACUCUACUAUGCAAGGUGUUCCUGCAACAUCUGACUCCACUGCUGUCGCUGACAACAUUCACAGCUCUCUGGCUGACUAUUCUCGACUUCAUGGAGAAAUACAUGAAGGCUGAUCGCAGUGACUUGUUGUCGGAAGCUAUCCCCGAGUCCCUGAAGAACAUGUUGUUGGUGAUGGAUACAGCCGGAAUCUUCCAGACCGGAGACGGACGGGAGUCCCAGUUCUGGAAACUCACCUGGGACAAAAUAGACACCUUCUUACCUCAUCUCAAAGAAGAGCUCUUCAAGCCAUUUGAACCUGAACACAGGCGUAUAGGCCGUACUGGGACAAGUCCACCAGCAGCAUCUCAGGCUGAGUAUGUUGAGAGUCUGCCUACAUCACAAGCACCUGCUGCCCAGGCUGCCCCACAACCAGCAGAAGUUGACUGUCCCCCACUUCAGGGCAUCACUGUCAUCAGGGACACACGACCAGAAUACAGUGCGCCAUCUCCUCCACGUCCCAGCAGCCCACUGAUGUCGCAGCCGGACCCGUCUCCAGCCGGCACCUCCUACAUCCUCCAACCACCCUUGCCAACAGUUACCUCCCUUGCGUCCUCCCAACCUAGUCCUCCAGGUAGCUCGGCAGUCCCAUGUGGGGCCAGCGCCAGCCCCGCCCAUAUUCCUCUUCUGUUAAACCCAGACAUCAUGCAGAGCACUACUGUUCCUUAUAUAACUCCGCAAAUAGCGGAGAGUCCACGUCCCCUGGUCAGCGACAGCCAAUGAUGCUGGGGACCUCGUCCAGGCAGUCCCCUGUCAUCCAUACAAUAUAACCACACCUCAUUGUCCAGUACCACCACAAGAUUAACAUUACUGUCGCCAUACGAAAGACUUUAAGCCAACACCUGCUCCAGAUACAAGAAUCUGCCUUUUAGAAUGUUGCAUGUCAUACACAGACAAUAAUGCUUCUUCAAAUUAGUAGUCUUCUCUCUGAAGUGUCCAAGGGUUUUAUUUCAUGAUGUGGUGGGAAUUGUGUUGAGGUGAUGUUCAUGUGGACCUUGGAAAACGAGAAGGCACUCAUAUAAUCAGGAGCCAUUUGUGACAAAACAUUUUCAGCUGUACAAGACCACUGUGGACUGGAGACUUCGUCCUGUUGAACAAGGCUUCUAUUAUUCAUGUGAACAAUGUUUGACUUGUUGUUGGCCAGAUGGGCUAAUGUCAGCCAAUCGGAAAACUUUGUCCAUUCCUGACUAUUUGUUGUUCACAUGGAUUUCAGGAUAAGAUUAGCACAGGCAGUAUAAUUUAAUCAAAAGUUAAGCCCAAGUGAUCCUAUUCCAUGGCCAAAGAUAAGAUGACAAGAUUAAUUUGAAGACUUGUUAGAAAUCAGAGCUUUGUAUCCAUAACAAUAGUGAAAUUUUUCUAUUUUCGAGAAGGUUAAGGUGGUUUUAUGUAAGCCUUCCAGUCGAUCCCGAAAUAGAAAUGUGCAUAUUUGUUUUGUAUGAAAAUUAUUUUGGGGUCAUUGGGACAAACUGCAUUUACACCAUAUUAGCUGAAGUUAUUUGAACACACAACAUCGUGAUGAUGUUUUAUGUUUUUUUGUAAUUUCCAGUCUUGUUUGAUAUUAGAGUUGAGAAUUUGACUCUUAUGCAUGGAAACUGUCCAUUUUUCAGGAAAGUUAAAAAUGUUGGUACUCUUGGAGUACUUAGACCUGUUAUGCACAAUCUCAAAAAUUAGAUUAUUUAUUUACUUCACAUAUGCAAUGUAUAAUAUUCAGAUUAAUAUAUUUUACCACACACAUUUUGUAUGAUCUAUCUCGUACAAAUGUAUAAAUUUAGAAGGGAACAGGUCUGUUGAAGUUGUGUCAUGGCAGACCUUAGGCUUCUUUAUGAAAUUAUUUUAAUCUUAUACAUUAGGAUUGUCCUGAGUUUUCACACAGUGUUAUAUUUAUGACAGCUUUGGUGAAAGUCAAUAUGUAUUACUGCAAACACAAUUUCUUUUAGGGAUAAUAUUUGGUUUUGUUCAUGUGUUUUUGUCAGCUUCAUCUGAUUGUGAGUAUUUCAUCCAGUUACCAUGUCUCCAUCCUCAGUUCACAGUGGCUUGGUGGUGAUGCCUCUUAAGCUUCUGAAUAAUGGUUCAUGUUUUCCGUCUCUACUUACUGUUAUUCACUCUGUGUGUAUCAGUCGUCAGGUUUUUCUGUGUUUUCUGUGAUUGUCAUCGAUCAUCUUUCCUAAGGGCAGUAUAAGCUAUUGUUGCAAGUCGUUCGUGUUUUCAGCCAAACUUUUACGAUGGACUAAGCUAAUCAUUCUUGUAACUAUUCCUGACUACACGAAGACACUUGGGAUCAGUAUGUGAUCUAAACUUGGAAUUAUAUGUAAUACCUACCUUAAAAUAACUUGUGAAAAAAGUGUUUGUCAACAUAAACUCUCUGCUAUGACGAAAACAAUUGAUAUUGAUUUUUUUUCUGUAACCUCUGUCAAGAGUAAUUAUCUGUAUCUGUGGAAACAAUAUAAGAGGAAUAAAGUGAGAUUAUCAUCAGUAUCAACACUGAAGUCUGAAGAACAAAUAUGAAGUUAUGCGGCAUGAGAUAGUUGAGUCGAUAUGCAUACUGAAACCCCAAAGAAUCAAGUUAUUCCCCUGUUGGAUACAGUAUGAUAAACCAAUUAUUGGGGUCGCAGUAAGGUCUUAUAUAGCUUAUGCUUGGUUUAUGAGGCUGACCUACCACAACACUGAAAUUAGAAAGAAGAAAAAAAAUGACUUUCACAAAAUAUAAAUUUGUCCAACUGUUUUUUACAAUUAGGUGAAAUGAAAAUGCAUAAGAGUUUUUGUAAGUAAGGCUAUAAAAAAAUAAUAGUCUUGCUUCUCAGGCACCGCGCACAUCAUCAUAAAGUCUGCCACUUGUUUCGUUUGUAUUUCCAUUUUAAUUUAUUUUUUUUUAAUCCUGAUACUUAAAAACAAUGUGAUCCCAAAAAGCAUACAGUCACAUUCCUUUACAUGCACACUGCUUUAGAGUGCAUCUGGUGUUAAGGUCAUGGCAGCAAUAGGAGUUAGUUUAUGUAGGGAGGCCCUUUCCCAGAUUGAUGGUACACAACUGUUUAUUUGGAUACAUACUACAUGUAGUUUGAACAAGC